AUGGAAUCAGGAGAUCUUUAUGCAUUUUUCGAUGAAAGGUUGUUGAAGAAAAAGGCGAAAGAGCUUGUCCCAUGCUUAAAUAGCUGCUGUAUAUUUCUGAUUGGAAUGAUGGGCUGUGGAAAAACAACCGUCGGCAAGGUUUCGUCGGAGGCUCUUGGUUAUGCUUUUGUAGAUAGUGGCACCUAUGUCGAACAAGCUGUUGGAGAAAUCUCAGUGGCUCAAAUAUUUCAGCAGCAUGGUGAGAGUGUCUUCAGAGACAAUGAGGUUUGUUUGCAUGUAAACAAUGUCCUUAUCAUCUCCUCUGCAUUGUACUUUUUGCUGCCUGGCUUAGUAACCACUCAGGGGGGAGGGUUAUAA